ACCCGCAGCGCCGGCCCGGCAGGGCAGCUCUGAGGUGGGUGGGCCGCGCCGCCAGCCCGCUUGCAGGGUCCCCAUUGGCCGCCUGCCGGCCGCCCUCCGCCCAAAAGGCGGCAAGGAGGCGAGAGGCUGCUCCGGAGUAGGAGCAGGACAGCCGGGCCGAGCCAACGCCGGGGACUUUGUUCCCUCCGCGGAGGGGACUCGGCAACCCUCGCAGCGGCAGGGUCUGGAGCCGGCGCCUGGGCUGGCUCUGCGCCCCCCACUCCCUCCCUAGCUGUGUUCCCGCCGCCGCCCGGCUAGUCUCGGCGCUGGCGCCUAUGGUCGGCCUCCGACAGCGCUCCAGAGGGACCGGGGGAGCUCCUAGGCGCCCGGGUGAGUAGCCAGGCGCGGCUUCCCGGUCCCCGCGACCCCCGGCGCCAGCUUUUGCUUUCCCGGCCAGGGCGCGGUGGGGUUUGCCCGGGCAGUGCCUCGAGCGACUGGGAAGGCCAAGGAGGAGGGAAACUUGGCUUCGGGGAGAAGUGCGAUCGCAGCCGGGAGGCUUCCUCAGCCCGCGGGCCGGGACUGGAGACUGAUGCAUGAGGGGGCCACGGAGGCGCAGGAGCGGUGGUGAUGGUCUGGGAAGCGGAGCUGAAGUGCACUGGGCUUUGGUGAGGCGUGACAGAUUAUCAUGACUGUGUUCAGGCAGGAAAACGUGGAUGAUUACUACGACACCGGCGAGGAACUUGGCAGUGGACAGUUUGCGGUUGUGAAGAAAUGCCGUGAGAAAAGCACCGGCCUCCAGUAUGCCGCCAAAUUCAUCAAGAAAAGGAGGACUAAGUCCAGCCGGCGGGGUGUGAGCCGCGAGGACAUCGAGCGGGAGGUCAGCAUCCUGAAGGAGAUCCAGCACCCCAAUGUCAUCACCCUGCACGAGGUCUAUGAGAACAAGACGGACGUCAUUCUGAUCUUGGAACUCGUUGCAGGUGGCGAGCUGUUUGACUUCUUAGCUGAAAAGGAAUCUUUAACUGAAGAGGAAGCAACUGAAUUUCUCAAACAAAUUCUUAAUGGUGUUUACUACCUGCACUCCCUUCAAAUCGCCCACUUUGAUCUUAAGCCUGAGAACAUAAUGCUUUUGGAUAGAAAUGUCCCCAAACCUCGGAUCAAGAUCAUUGACUUUGGGUUGGCCCAUAAAAUUGACUUUGGAAAUGAAUUUAAAAACAUAUUUGGGACUCCAGAGUUCGUCGCUCCUGAGAUAGUCAACUAUGAACCUCUUGGUCUUGAGGCAGAUAUGUGGAGUAUCGGGGUAAUAACCUACAUCCUCCUAAGUGGGGCCUCCCCAUUUCUUGGAGACACUAAGCAAGAAACGUUAGCAAAUGUAUCCGCUGUCAACUACGAAUUUGAGGACGAAUACUUCAGUAAUACCAGUGCCCUAGCCAAAGAUUUCAUAAGAAGACUUCUGGUCAAGGAUCCAAAGAAGAGAAUGACAAUUCAAGAUAGUUUGCAGCAUCCCUGGAUCAAGCCUAAAGAUACACAACAGGCACUUAGUAGAAAAGCAUCAGCAGUAAACAUGGAGAAAUUCAAGAAGUUUGCAGCCCGGAAAAAAUGGAAACAAUCCGUUCGCUUGAUAUCACUGUGCCAAAGAUUAUCCAGGUCGUUCCUGUCCAGAAGUAACAUGAGUGUUGCCAGAAGCGAUGAUACUCUGGAUGAGGAAGACUCCUUUGUGAUGAAAGCCAUCAUCCAUGCCAUCAACGAUGACAACGUCCCAGGCCUGCAGCACCUUCUGGGCUCAUUGUCCAACUAUGAUGUUAACCAACCCAACAAGCACGGGACACCUCCAUUACUCAUUGCUGCUGGCUGUGGGAAUAUUCAAAUACUACAGUUGCUCAUUAAAAGAGGCUCAAGAAUCGAUGUCCAGGAUAAGGGCGGGUCCAAUGCCAUCUACUGGGCUGCUCGGCAUGGCCACGUCGAUACCUUGAAAUUUCUCAAUGAGAACAAAUGCCCUUUGGAUGUGAAAGACAAGUCUGGAGAGACGGCCCUCCACGUGGCAGCUCGCUAUGGCCACGCUGACGUGGCUCAGUUACUGUGCAGCUUCGGCUCCAAUCCCAAUAUCCAGGACAAGGAAGAAGAAACCCCCCUGCACUGUGCUGCCUGGCACGGCUAUUACUCUGUGGCCAAAGCCCUUUGUGAAGCCGGCUGUAACGUGAACAUCAAGAAUCGAGAAGGAGAGACGUCCCUCCUGACAGCCUCUGCCAGGGGCUACCACGACAUCGUGGAGUGUCUGGCCGAACAUGGAGCCGACCUUAAUGCUUGCGACAAGGACGGACACAUUGCCCUUCAUCUGGCUGUGAGACGGUGUCAGAUGGAGGUAAUCAAGACUCUCCUCAGCCAAGGGUGUUUCGUCGAUUAUCAAGACAGGCACGGCAAUACUCCCCUCCACGUGGCGUGUAAAGAUGGCAACGUGCCUAUUGUGGUGGCCCUCUGUGAAGCAAACUGCAAUUUGGACAUCUCAAACAAGUAUGGACGAACACCUCUGCACCUUGCGGCCAACAACGGAAUCCUAGACGUUGUCCGGUAUCUCUGUCUGAUGGGAGCCAGCGUGGAGGCGCUGACCGCGGAUGGAAAGACGGCAGAAGAUCUUGCUAGAUCGGAACAGCACGAGCACGUAGCAGGUCUCCUUGCAAGACUUCGAAAGGAUACGCACCGAGGACUCUUCAUCCAGCAGCUCCGACCCACACAGAACUUGCAGCCAAGAAUUAAGCUCAAGCUGUUUGGCCACUCGGGAUCCGGAAAAACCACCCUUGUAGAAUCUCUCAAGUGUGGGCUGCUGAGGAGCUUUUUCAGAAGGCGUCGGCCCAGACUGUCUUCCACCAACUCCAGCAGGUUCCCACCUUCACCCCUGGCUUCUAAGCCCACAGUCUCAGUGAGCAUCAACAACCUGUACCCAGGCUGCGAGAACGUGAGCGUGAGGAGCCGCAGCAUGAUGUUCGAGCCGGGCCUUACCAAAGGGAUGCUGGAGGUGUUCGUGGCCCCGACCCACCACCCGCACUGCUCGGCCGAUGACCAGUCCACCAAGGCCAUCGACAUCCAGAACGCUUAUUUGAAUGGAGUUGGCGAUUUCAGCGUGUGGGAGUUCUCUGGAAAUCCUGUGUAUUUCUGCUGUUAUGACUAUUUUGCUGCAAAUGAUCCCACGUCAAUCCAUGUUGUUGUCUUUAGUCUAGAAGAGCCCUAUGAGAUCCAGCUGAACCAAGUGAUUUUCUGGCUCAGUUUCCUGAAGUCCCUUGUCCCAGUUGAAGAACCCAUAGCCUUCGGUGGCAAGCUGAAGAACCCACUCCAAGUUGUUCUGGUGGCCACCCACGCUGACAUCAUGAAUGUUCCUCGACCGGCUGGAGGCGAGUUUGGAUAUGACAAAGACACAUCGUUGCUGAAAGAGAUUAGGAACAGGUUUGGAAAUGAUCUUCACAUUUCAAAUAAGCUGUUUGUUCUGGAUGCUGGGGCUUCUGGGUCAAAGGACAUGAAGGUACUUCGAAAUCAUCUGCAAGAAAUACGAAGCCAGAUUGUUUCAGUCUGCCCUCCCAUGACUCACCUGUGUGAGAAAAUCAUCUCCACGCUGCCUUCCUGGAGGAAGCUCAAUGGACCCAACCAGCUGAUGUCGCUGCAGCAGUUUGUAUACGACGUGCAGGACCAGCUGAACCCUCUGGCCAGCGAGGAGGACCUCAGGCGCAUUGCUCAGCAGCUCCACAGCACAGGCGAGAUCAACAUCAUGCAAAGUGAAACAGUUCAGGACGUGCUGCUCCUGGACCCCCGCUGGCUCUGCACAAACGUCCUGGGGAAGUUGCUGUCCGUGGAGACCCCGCGGGCGCUGCACCACUACCGGGGCCGCUACACCGUAGAGGACAUCCAGCGCCUGGUGCCCGACAGCGACGUGGAGGAGCUGCUGCAGAUCCUCGAUGCCAUGGACAUCUGCGCCCGGGACCUGAGCAGCGGGACCAUGGUGGACAUCCCAGCCCUGAUCAAGACAGACAACCUGCACCGCUCCUGGGCCGAUGAGGAGGACGAGGUGAUGGUGUAUGGCGGCGUGCGCAUCGUGCCUGUGGAGCACCUCACCCCCUUCCCGUGUGGCAUCUUUCACAAGGUCCAGGUGAACCUGUGCCGGUGGAUCCACCAGCAAAGCGCGGAGGGCGACGCGGACAUCCGCCUGUGGGUGAAUGGCUGCAAGCUGGCCAACCGUGGGGCCGAGCUGCUGGUGCUGCUGGUCAACCACGGCCAGGGCAUUGAGGUCCAGGUCCGCGGCCUGGAGACGGAGAAGAUCAAGUGCUGCCUGCUGCUGGACUCAGUGUGCAGCACCAUUGAGAAUGUCAUGACCACCACGCUGCCAGGGCUCCUGACCGUGAAGCAUUACCUGAGCCCCCAGCAGCUGCGGGAGCACCAUGAGCCCGUCAUGAUCUACCAGCCACGGGACUUCUUCCGGGCACAGACUCUGAAGGAAACCUCACUGACCAACACCAUGGGGGGGUACAAGGAAAGCUUCAGCAGCAUCAUGUGCUUCGGAUGUCAUGACGUCUACUCACAGGCCAGCCUCGGCAUGGACAUCCACGCAUCAGACCUGAACCUCCUCACUCGGAGGAAACUGAGUCGCCUGCUGGACCCGCCCGACCCCCUGGGGAAGGACUGGUGCCUUCUCGCCAUGAACUUAGGCCUCCCUGACCUCGUGGCAAAGUACAACACCAAUAACGGGGCUCCCAAGGAUUUCCUCCCCAGCCCCCUCCACGCCCUGCUGCGGGAAUGGACCACCUACCCUGAGAGCACAGUGGGCACCCUCAUGUCCAAACUGAGGGAGCUGGGUCGCCGGGAUGCCGCAGACUUUUUGCUGAAGGCAUCCUCUGUGUUCAAAAUCAACCUGGAUGGCAAUGGCCAGGAGGCCUAUGCCUCGAGCUGCAACAGCGGCACUUCUUACAAUUCCAUUAGCUCUGUCGUGUCCCGGAGAAACUCCCAUGUAUGGAAUCCCACUGUGUGAUUUAUAAACAGACAAUAUGUGAGUGCCUUUUGCAGAAGAGGGUGUGUUUGAAAUCAUCAGAGUCAGCCAGGAGCUGUCACCAAGGAAACGCUACCUCUCUGUCCCUUGCUGUAUGCUGAUCAUCGCCAGAGGUGCUUCACCCUGAGUUUUGUUUUGUAUUGUUUUCUGACAGUUUCUCUGUUUUGUUUGGCAAGGAAAGGGGAGAAGGGAAUCCUCCUCCAGGGUGAUUUUAUGAUCAGUGUUGUUGCUCUAGGAAGACAUUUUUCAGUUUGCUUUUGUUCCAAUGUCAAUGUGAACGUCCACAUGAAACCUACAAACUGUCACGCUUCAUCAUUCCCUCUCAUCUCAGGUAGAAGGCUGACACAGUUGUAGGGUUACAGAGACUGUAAGAAUUCAGAAGACCCCUGACUCAUCAUUUGUGGCAGUCCCUUGUAAUUGAUGCAUAGCAGAUGGUUUCCACAUUUAGAUCCUGGUUUGAUAACUUCCUGUACUUGAAGUCUAAAAGCAGAAGAUAAAGGAAGCAAGUUUUCUUCCAUGAUUUUAAAUUGUGAUCGAGUUUUAAAUUGAUAUGAGGGAACAUGUCCUAAUUCUGUCCUGAGAAGCAUGUAAUGUUAAUGUUAUAUCAUAUGUAUAUAUAUAUAUGCACUAUGUAUAUACAUAUAUAUUAAUACUGGUAUUUUUACUUAAUCUAUAAAAUGUCGUUAAAAAGUUGUUUUUUCUUUUUUUAUAAAUAAACUGUUGCUCGUUGCAUUAGUA